UGCUAGAGUUUUGGUUAAACAAGAGUAUGAGCACCAAGGAAUGCGAGGCAAAGUGCUUGAAGAACUGUUCAUGUACAGCAUAUGCAAAUUCAGAUAUUAAUGGGGGAGGCAACGGCUGUUUGAUCUGGUUUGGGAAUUUGAUUGAUAUUAGAGGGUACAACCAAGAAAAUCCCGGGCAAGAUCUCUAUAUACGACUGGCUGCUUCAGAACUAAGAUCAAUCCGGGAAUCAAACAUGAAGGAAAGUCUGGAGGUCGUCCUGAUGGUAUCAGUCAUUUGUGGAGUGCUUACUUUGGGGUUUGUUUUCUGGUGUAUAACUUGGAAGAUAACAAGUAGAAGAUUAGGUCUUCCAAGAAAGAAAGAUGAUGUAGAGGUGCCUUUAUUUGAUUUUACAACGGUUGCCACUGCAACAAACAAAUUCUCUCAAGAAAAUGUGAUUGGGGCUGGUGGAUUUGGUCCUGUUUAUAAGGGACAUCUAUGUAACGGACAAAAUAUUGCUGUGAAGAGGCUGUCAAAGGAUUCAAGACAAGGUCUCAAAGAGUUCAAGAAUGAAGUUGCUCUCAUUGCCAAACUUCAACAUAGGAAUCUUGUCAUGCUCUUAGGCUACUGCAUUCAAGGAGACGAAAAGAUGUUAAUCUAUGAAUACAUGCCCAACAAAAGCUUGAAUUAUUUCAUUUUUGAACAAAAUGGGAGUGCACUGCUGACAUGGCCAAAGCGUCUUGACAUUGUUUUGGGGAUUGUGCGAGGACUUCUCUAUCUGCACCAGGAUUCUCGACUUCAAGUUAUCCACAGGGAUCUGAAAGCAAGUAAUAUUUUAUUAGAUAUCAAUUUAAACCCAAAAAUAUCAGAUUUUGGCUUAGCAAGAACUUUUGGAGGAGAUGAAUCUGAAAUGAAAACAGAAAGAGUUGUUGGAACACAUGGCUACAUAUCUCCUGAGUAUGUAGUUGACGGAACAUUUUCAGUGAAAUCUGAUGUCUUUAGCUUGGGUGUGCUUAUGUUAGAGAUAGUGAGUGGCAUGAAAAAUCGAAACUUUUUUCAUGCCGAUCACCAUCAUAACCUACUAGGACAUGCAUGGUUGCUGUGGAAGGAGGGCAGGGCCUUGGAACUAUUGUAUACAUGUUUGGAGGAUUCACAUUUAAGAUCUCAAGUACUAAGAUGUAUUCAUGUUGGUUUACUAUGUGUUCAAAAGUUCCCUGAAGACAGGCCGAUGAUGUCUUGUGUGCUUUCUAUGUUAACAAAUGAGGAAGCAAUUCUGCCUCAGCCUAAACAGCCUGGUUUUUUCAUAGAAAGAAGUUCCGGCAAUGCAGGUGCAUUAUCAAGAAAUGAAGAAUCCAGCACAGAAAAUGCAGUAACUAUAACUUUGCCAGAAGCUAGAUAGGGAAUUCAUAAAUAACUUGCAAGAGAUGUUAUAUGUGAAAGUUUUGAAGUAUUUAGGUGUGUAUUUGGGACUAGAUUCUUUGGCAUCUUUUUGUU